AUGGUAGGGAGAAAGAAAAUCUUUGGGAUCCCCGGUGAUCUGGCGUAUGAUUGUCUGCGGUCGAUGCCGUUUCGCUCAGACCUGGCCGUGAAGUUCGUAGACGACUAUGCCAAAUACCUGCAAUUUCAUAGCACGGCAUCUAUGCUGAAAGAUCCUCCAAGCAGCUAUAUCUCGACCGGGGUUGAUUUAUGGGGAGGUCAAUACGAUUUUGAUUCUGAUCUCAAAUACCUGACCUCGCGUGCUAACGAUGGCCAUCUCCAUGUUGGGCUUUGUUCUCUGGAAAUUAUGCAUUUUGAGCAUGGCGUGCCUCUAGUUUCGAUUUCACCGGAUGGGAUCCAACUUCCACGGAUAUAUACGUACUAUGAUGCCGAGAUGAAGCUUCGCGGGACGGAGGCCGCGAUUUCAUCUGUUUACCGUAUUCAAGACAUGGAUCCGGUUUACUAUCUACAGGCUAACAUCGGUGUAACUAUGGGUCUUCAUGAUCCUGAUGCUCGAUACAACCAUCUCUUCCCCUCACCUGCUGCAGCAUUUUCAGGAAUGUACACAGGAGGGCUGUGGACCAACAAUCUGGGUUCUUGGCCUGGGAAGACCAACCAAACUAUCGAAUUCAGCAAUGGGACCAGAUUAAGAGUGGAAACAACUGCAUCGUUGGCGUUAGAUCGUAGGUUGAAUUUUUCCAGUGGGCAAUCGCUCUUUCAAACUGCUUGCCUGCUGAAUCAAGAGGCUCGCGCUCCCGAUCCCCACCCAGCACUCGCGGUAGGAAAACCGCCAUACUCGAUUCCAGAAGGCGGAUCAUCGAUGUAUCCGAAGCCAAUUGUAAAUCACAAGAAGGACCUCCUCCCAACGUUCAGACUCAACGGAGAGAGUCCUGCAUCGUUGGGCCAAACCGCCGUGCAGUUCAUUGAAUGCGCCAAAAGGGAUGGGAAAGAGAAGCUCAUCAUUGACCUAUCGAACAAUAUGGGGGGCGACAUCAACCUGGGUUUUAAUCUGUUCCGAAUCCUUUUCCCAAACAAACCAAUCUACACAGCCACUCGGUUCCCUUCGACAAGACUGAUUGACCUGAUGGGUCGGAUUUUCUCGUCUUCCCAGGGGCAGGAAGUGAACAAUGAGAGCACGCUGGACUUACCUUUGAUUUUCCAGAAUGCGGUUACACCAGACCAUCGACACUCAUUCGGCAGCUGGGAGAAGUUGUUCGGUCCAGUCGAAAUCGCAAAUCAAAACAUGUCCAGCCUGCAUGCCACGUAUAACUUCACAACUGCAUCUACCGAGGACGAUCCAAUCAGUGGAUAUGGGGGCAUUGUCUUUGGACCUUCUACUCAGCCGUUCCCCGCCGAGAACAUAAUCAUCAUGACAAACGGCAUCUGUGCAUCCACCUGUACGAUUCUGGCACGAUUACUGCAGAAAUAUGGCGUAAGAACGCAGGAGAUCGCGGUGAACGCAAGCAGCGCUGGCUCUCCCAUUCUUUCUGCAGAUGAAUUGGCUUGGUUUAUACAGAUGGCACCUCCCCCGCUCACAGAAUUCCCGUUUCGGAUUGAUAGCCGUGGAGGGAGUGGGGUGAAUCUUCGCAAUGAAUACGACGAGGAUGACCCAAACACCCCGUUGCAAUUUUUCUACGAGGCGGCUGACUGUCGGCUGUUUUGGACGGCAGAGAAUUAUGUCGUUCCCCACAGCUCAUGGGUUGCCGCAGCAGAUGCGAUGUUCGGAGAUGCUUCAUGUGUGGAAGAGACAGCUGGGCAUCAUCCUAGUGUAUGA